CAGACAGACCUUUCCUGUCUUUCUCCGUCAGAUGAUGAUUACUGGAAACCGGACGAUGACUACUGGGAGGCCGAGCCCACGCCGCCGCGGCCUCAGCCCCCCCGCCCGGUAACGGAGCUGUCGUACGACUACGGGACGCCGGAGGAGAGAGACCCGACGGCCGCGGCGCCCAACGCCUACGACGACUACGGGACGCCGGAGGAGAGAGACCCGACGGCCGCGGCGCCCGACGCCUACGACGACCUCUGGACGCCGGAGGAGAGAGACCCGACCGCCGCGGCGCCCGACGCCUACGACGACUACUGGACGCCGGACGUCAAAGACCCUUACGCCCCCGUGACUGAUAACUACGACCUUCUCUGGAAAGAGACGGAGCCGACGCCGCCGGCCCCAAAGGCUGAUGGGAAAACAGAUGACACCGAUUACUGGGACGCCACAUACGAGGUGCCUGAUGGAGAAGAGGUCGGCCCUGAAAUCAGAGUGGAGACUCUACCAG